CUUUGCCUUCGUGCGACACACGCGAACCCAACUCAAAUCUUUUGGGUCAGCCACAAGUACUAGGACUCGUUGCAGGCCUGUCGUUGUCUGCCGCUUAGCAAGUGUGCCACGGUUCGAGUGUGUCGUUGGCGCUUGAGUCUGGGAAAGUGGUGGCAGCGAAGGUAACCAGGAUUUUGCGUUGAUCUGCGAGUGGAGACUUCUAUCGGCAUCUCUGCCAGCCGAUUUCAUGUGUGCUGGCGUGGUCUCGCACCGAAUCCCACAUUGAUGGAGCCUUCUACCAAUGACGCCACAUGCGCCGCGACCGGAGCAGGCUCCUGGAAGACUGUUUCAGCUGAACAUCUCAGCCAUGGCGAGUCUGAUGAUUCCUCGAUUGACUGGCGAAAGAUGAGGGCCUUGAUGUUUGCAUCCGCCUGCAGUGGCUUCGUCGGCCGAUGUCUUUUUUAUCCAAUUGACACAGCAAAGGCAAUGAUCCAAGCGCAAGUGACCUCAAGGCAAUAUCUAGGUUCGUCAUCUACGGUUUCUUCCAUUCAACCUUGUUCCACAAUCAUGUCUUCGGGCACGGCGCAGUUGCAGCAGGGACUGAGCGGCGAGGCAAGAGGACCAACUAGAGGCGCAGCUUUGGGUCAGGCUGCCGACUGUACUCCCGCUAAAGUGUACCGUUCGCUUCUAACUUCCACGGGACACGCCUUGAAGAUGGUGUGGAGACAAGAAGGAAUUCCUGGCUUAUAUAGGGGCUUUGUCAUGUGUGGCGUUGGCUCCUUACCUGCAACGUGCUUGUUCUUCACUUCCUUCGAGAUCAUACGGGCGUAUUUGGUCCGUGUGUGCUCGUCUUGGGCGAAUGGUGACAGUGCGGAUCCCCGAGGGGGAGACGACUGCGCAAGCAGUGCACCAGGGAAGACGCUGCCGACACCCAUAUCACCUCUCAUCGACCUGGUGUCUGGUUUCGGUGCCGAGGCGAUUUCAUGCGUCUUUUGGGUGCCGAUAGAUGUCUGCAAAGAACGCCUCCAGACGCAGCGUGUACUCGGAACGAGCGCCUAUCGAGGGAGUUGGGACUGUGUGAACCAUUUGUUCAAACAAGAAGGCCUUCGACAGCUGUACAAGGGAUAUGGGGCAACACUAUUAUCUUUUGGCCCGUUGAGCGCUCUCUUCUUCAUGUUUGAUAAUCAACUCAAAAAUAUAGUCUUGCGCAUCUUGCACCGGCAGCAGGAUGCCGGUGGACCGAACGGUUUGGUCGAGAACCGGCACCCUUCAUCUCCUGACGCUAUUUCCCUAAUACCGCUGGCUACGGGGGGAUGUGCCUUGGUUGCGGCGGCUUCAGCAGCUUGGUUGACAGUUCCUCUGGACAAAGUAAAGCUCAGGCUGCAGGUCCAGCGUGGACAGAUGGGCACCGCGAGUCGAGGGACACCGUUUCUGUAUCGCAAUACGUUUCACGGGUUAGCAACAGUCUACAAGGAGGAGGGCACCAGAGGUCUUUUCAGGGGAAGCGGAGCUCGUGUCCUGUUUCACAGCGCGAACUUCGCACUGUUGAAGGUUUUGAUUGAACACUUCAAGUCUGCUUACCUGGAAUAUGCUGAACCGGCUUCUCCAUAAAAGUUUCGGUUCCGUUUGUUCUUGCCUGAGAAAAAUAUUGCGACGAGCAUGUAAUACACCAGUACUGUCGAUAAAACUAGCAGAGAGAGAUUAAUGAAUGACGGAAAUUCCACCACUGUGACUGAGUUAAAGUUUUUGUGCAUUCGUCAUCUUGAACUGAGUUGGGCUAUGUGAACUAGUAACAGCUCCAGUUCCUCGGAUGGAUGCAUUGGCUCCCGCGGGCUUAGGGCAUGCUGGAGCAUCGAUCUACGACAACAGUAAAUUCUCUUAUUGGGUUCGUCUUUUUUUUCCUUAACGCUGCUUCCGUCACAACGCAACGCGGGACAAAUCUGCGAAAAUGUGGGGCACUCCGCAGCCACUGCGGCAAGCAUGUUGCAUUGUAACAAAGUACGAUCCUAAUCGUUCGC